AUGCGCCAGGCGCCGCGGGCCUGGGACGCGGACUUCGCCGUGCCCGCGGCGGCGCCGGCGCCGCUCCUCGCCAAGGGCGACGCCAAGGGCGACGGCCGCGUGGCGAGCGUCACCCAGGACCUCUUCAGCGCCUACGCGUCGCGGGCGGCGAGCAUGGAGAGCAGCAUCGCGGCGCUGACGGGCGACCUCGAGGCGACGCGGCAGCGCGAGGCCGACGCCGCGGGCGAGCGCGACCGCCUCGACGAGGGCCUGCGGGCCGCGACGCGCGACCUCGAGGACGAGCGCCGCGACGGCCGCGCGGCGCGGCGGCUCGUCGAGGAGCUCACGUCGGCCCUGCGGCGCAGCGCCUGGGAGGACGACUUCCGCGGCGACGACGACGAGGCGCGGCGCCGCCGCGGCCGCCGCUACGACGACGACGACGGCGGCGGCUCGAGCGACGGCUCCGCGGACGAUCUGGCGUCGCCGCCGUCGGGCCGCCGCGGCGGCGCCUGGCACACGCCCCAGAAGCCGUCGCCCCAGCGCCGCGGCGCCGCGCGCUACAAGGCCCUGGGCGCGCGGGCCAAGGCGGCCCUCGACGCGUGGCGAAAUCGGCGGGACGCGGCGCUCCUCGAGGUCCAGGAGGGCCGCGCGGCGAUCAAGGCGCGCCAGGCGCAGCUCGACGUCCACGGCGCCGACGACGAGAAGGCGCGGGGGCGCCUGGGCCAGCUGCGCCUCGCGGCCGCGGAGGCGCUCCAGUGCCUCGAGCGCGGGUCCGCGGCCGCGCGCGGCGGCGACGCCGCGGGCGACGGCGCGGCCCACGACGAGCUCCGGCGCCAGGUCGGGGGCGCGCGCGACGCCCUCGGCCGCGUCGCGGCGAACCUCAGCCGGGACCUCGCGGACCUCGAGGACCGCGAGGCCGCCGCGCGGCGCCGGGACCAGGAGCACCUCGACCUCGUCGGCGCGCCCGCGGCGGCCAAGGACGCCGUGGGCCUCGUCGUCGCCGCGGCCAAGGUCGAGAUCGCGACGUGGCGCGGCCGCUGCGCCGACGCGCGGCGGUCCUGCGCGGCCGACGAGGCGCGGCGCAACGUGCUCGCGGAGCAGGUCGGGUCGCUCGAGGCGGAGCGGAGCCGCGUCGAGGACCUGCGGCGGCGCCAGGACAAGGCGCUCAAGGAGACGACGGAGAACAUCGCGAGCGCCAACGAGGCCGCGCGCGCCGCGGCGGCGCGCGCCGAGGACCGGCGCAAGGCCGCGCUCGCGGAGCACGACGGCGCCGAGGCCGCGAAGAAGGCGCGCGUCGCCGCGGAGUCGGCGCUCGCGGCGUCGUCGAGCCGCGCGGACCACGCGACGCGCGAGGCCGCGGCGAUGGAGGCGCUCCGGGCGUCGCGCGCGGCGCAGGCCGAGGCCGCGCGCGCGGCCGAGGCGGACGCGCGCGCGCGCGCGGCCGAGGCCGAGGACGACCUGGCCGAGCUCCGGGCGACGCAGGCCGAGCGCCAGAGCUACGUCGACGGCGCCGAGGCCCUGCGGCUCCUGCGGUUGCAGUCCGCGGACGCGUCGACGGCCGCGGCCGCCGCGGCGCGCGAGGACUACCGGCGCGCGCGCGGCGCGAAGGAGCGCCUCGACCGGCUCGUCGACGACAAGGAGCGGGCCAUCGCCGCGCGCGACGCCGCGUCCCUCGACCUCGAGCGCAAGCACGUCGAGGCGGCGCGCGCCGCGGACGCGCGGGUCGCCAAGGUCAAGGACGUCGAGGCGCGCCAGGAGGCCGCGGCGCUCAAGCUCCGCGACGAGCGGCGCGCCCACGAGGAGCGCAAGGCGCAGCUCGAGAGCUGGGAGCGCGAGCGGCGCGCCGCGCUCGACGCCGAGGCCGCGGAGCACGAGCGCGACGCCGCGGCGUUGGUGGAGAUGUCGCGGCUCAACGACGACACCGCGGCCCGGCUCCGCGACGAGGGCCAGGCGUCGGAACUCCGGGCGCGCGAGCUCCGCCAGGAGAUCGACGGCGCGCGCGCGGCGUCCGCGGCGCUCGACGCCCAGCGGCGGCGCGCCGCGGACGCGGGCGCCGCGGGCGCGGCCGCGCGCGCGGCGCUGGCCGACGCGACCGCCCGCGCCGCGGACCACCUCGAGGUCUGCGCCGCCGUGCGCGAGGCCCUGCUCGCGAGCGCCGAGAGCGCGGACACGCGCACGGAGGCCCUGGACGCGCGCGAGGCGCGCCUGAGCCGCGCGUACGCGGGCGAGGUCGGGGGCCUCGCGGCGCGCAAGGCCGUCGCGGACCGCGUCGUCGCCGAGGCGGCCGCUGCCGACCGCACGUCCCACGACCUCAUGAAGGCCCUCGAGUCGCGGGAGCGCGCCUGCGGCGCCGUCGCGGAGGCCCUCGCGGCGUCCGGCGACGCGGCGGCGAGGGCGGAGGCGGACCUCGCGAGGCGCCGGGCCGCCGCCGACGCGCUCGAGGCCGAGCUCCAGGGCGCCGCCGAGGCGGCCGUGGACGCGGCGCAGCGCGCGGGCGCCGUGAGCGAGACGAAGGAGGCCGCGGCCGCGGAUCGCCGCGCGCGCGCGGACGCGGCAAUCGAGGAGGCCGCGGCCGCGUCGCGCGACGCCGCGGCGCUCACGCAGGCCGCCGUCGACCGCGAGUCGGAGGCGAAAGCGGGGCGGGACCGCUGCGACGCCCUCGAGCAGGACCUGCGGCGCCAGCUCGACGACGCGCGGCGCGACGGCGCGGCGGCGCGGAAGAAGCGCGACGCGGCCGCGGCGGCCUCCGCGGACAGGAUCGCCGCGGCCGACGCCGCGGCGUCCGCGCGGCGCGCCGCCGAGGAGUCGGCGCGGCGCUGCCUGGACCGGGACCGCGCGGAGUUCGAGGAGCGCGCCGCGCGCGCGUCCGCGGCCGAGGAGCGCAUGCGCGAGGACCUCGAGGCCUGGGAGCAGCGGCGCGACGAGGAGGAGAGGCUGCGGGCCGAGGCCGAGCGCGAGCUCCUCGACAUCGCGUCCGAGGCCGCGCUCGCGCGCGAGGCCUACGCGGGCGUCGCCGACGCGGCGACGGCCGCUCGCGCGGCGAAGAACGCGCUCGUCCUCGAGGCGGAGCGCGCGUGGCAGUACGCGGCGACGACGCGGCGCAGCGUCGAGGCCAAGGCCGCGGCGGAGACGGCCGACGCCGCGCGGCGGCGCGAGGACGACGACGCGUCGCGCGAGCGGGCGCUCGACGAGCUCGCGCGGACGCUCGCGAAUACGGAGGCGAACAUGCGGCGGCGCCUCGACGAGGACCGCGCGAGGAUGGAGCAGGCGUCGACGGCCGCCGCGCGGUCCAUCGCCGAGAGCAAGCGCCGCGCGGACGCGGAGGAGGCGCGCUUCGAAGCCGCCAAGGACGCGCUCGAGGCCGCGACGUUCCGCGUCCGCGAGGCCGAGGCCGCCGCGGCCAAGGCCGAGGCCCGGGCCGACAAGGUGCAGGCCGACGCCGCCGCCGCGCGCGACGCCGCGGCGAAGAUGAGGCGCGACGCCGAGGGCGACGCGGCCGCGGCCGCGGAGCGGAAGCUCAAGGGCGCGCGCGAGGUCUCCGAGGCCGUGAAGCGCGCCGCGGCCAAGGGCAAGAAGGCCGAGGCGGAGGUCGCCCGGGCCGCGGAGAAGGCCGACGCCGCCUGGGCCGACGCCGCGCGCGACCGCGGCAAGCGCGACAAGGCCGAGAAGGCGCGGAGGGACGCCGAGGCGGACCGCGACGCCUGGCGGGCCCAGGCCGAGGCGACCAAGGCGAAGAACGGCGCGCUCGUGCGCCAGUGCCGGGCCCGCGACGCCCAGGUCAAGGGCGCCGAGGCCGCGGCGGCCGCCGCGCGCGACCGCGCCGAGACCGCGGAGGUGAGCUAUAGAGCGGCGGACGCGCGGCGGGCCUACGAGUGCCGCGAGGCCGCGUUCCUCGCGCGCACGGCCGCCGACGGCGCCGCCGCGGAGCGGAAGCGGCGCAAGCUCGCCGACGACGCGGCCGCGGCGCUCGAGCGCGAGUGCCGCGACGCCGUCGCCGCGGCCGCCGCCGCCGCGGCCGCGGCCGCGGCCGCGGCGAAGCGCGACCACGACGCGGCGCUGGGCGAGGCCAAAGCCCGCGUCGAGGCGGCGCUCCGCGACGCCGACGAGGCCGCGCGCAACGCGGACCGGUCCGCGUCGGACGCGCGGCUCGCGCUCGAGCGCGAGCGGCACAAGAUCCUCCUGGGCUUCGACGCCGUGCGCAAGGACCUGAACCGCCAGCGCGAGGCCCUCGAGGAGGAGAAGGCCACCUUCGUCGUCUCGCAGGCCGAGCUCGUCGUCCGCGGCGAGGAGGCGGCCGAGGCGCUCAAGUCGACGAAGCGGCGGCUCGACGGCGACCGGGCCGCGCUCGAGGCCGCGGCGUCCGACGCGGCCUACCGCGCGGUCCACGACCUCGAGCGGUCGCGGCGCGGCGCGCCCCACGGGCUCCUCGACACGCCCGUGCCGGGGAGCGCCGCGCGGCCGGCCCGCCGCGGCCCGCCGCGGGGCCUGUUCUCCGCGUCGCCGCGCGACGACGAGUCCGACGGCCCGGACUACGGGCCCGCGUCGUCGCCGGAGCCCUCGCGGGGCGCGCCGACGCCCGGCCGCGCGCCGCCGCGCGACCUCUCGCCCCUCGCGGCGCCCUUCCCGAGCCCGCGGCGCGGCGGCGGCGGCGACGACGCGUCGUCGACGCGCGCGCGGCCUCCGAGCGCCGACGGGGGCGACCACGACGACUGGGCCAGCGCCCAGAUCGCCGACGACCACUUCCGCGCCGCGGGCCUCGCGCGCGGCUGCAAGGCGCUCCUCGCGCGCGCGAACCGGCGCCGCGUCGACCGCGCGGCCGCCGCCAUCGGCGACCGCGGCCGCCUGCGCGCGGCCCUCGCGGUCUGGGCCGAGCCGCCGCCCCUGCCCUGGGCGCGGUCGCCCUAG